AUGGCAGGGUAUACUUGUAACACAUGUGGGGUCGUUUUUGACACGGCCGCUGGCCAAAGAGACCAUAUGAAGUCUGACUGGCACAGAUACAACUUGAAGAGAAGAGUUGCUGAUUUGCCAUCCAUUACCGAAGCUACAUUCAAUGAGAAGGUUUCUAACGCUAAUGCUGAGAAAGAGGAGCUAGACAAGUCCAAGAAGACGAAGGUGAAGCAGUUGACCAAGAAGGAAAUGCGCAGACUAGAGAAGGAAAAACUAUUGGCUAAAAAGCAAGAAUUAUUAGAGCUGGCCAAACAGUCCAUGUUGAAGAAUAUGCAGGAGGAAGCUGCCAAGAAUGAAAUGAAAGACACUCCAGAAGAGGAACAGCCACAAGAGACUCCAGAAGAAAAAACUUCAGAGGAAAAUGUACUAGAAGAAAACAUCCCAGAAGAAAACAAGCCAGAAGAGGAACUGAGCCCAGAGGAACUCGCUGAAAAACUCAUGGCUGAAAAACUCCAAAAUAGAGUCGAGAUUGACAAGACCGAGUGUCUCUUCACUGGUAAAAAAUUCAAAACUUUUGAAGAAAACUUGGACCAAAUGUUCAAAAACCACGGAUUUUAUAUUCCUGAACAGAAAUACUUGAUUGACAAGGAAGGUCUUUUCCAAUACUUCUCAGAAAAAAUUGGUCUAGGUAACAUGUGUCUUGUGUGUUCGUACCAGGGUAGAUCUUUGGAGGCUGUUAGAGCGCAUAUGCUUGCCAAAAAGCACUGCCGUAUCCCUUACGAGUCCGAAGCAGAAAAAUUAGAAAUAUCAGAAUUUUACGACUUCUCCAGCACGUACGAAGAAUUAGAUAAGGCCGCUAAUGAGGAUGAAUCCCAAUGGGAAGAUAUCGAAGAAGAAGUGGAUGCAGCAUCUGGUAAGGUUGGUGGAUCACAAGACGGUAAUGAGGAAGAGGAGGAAGAAGAAGAACUACCAGAAUAUGCACUAUAUAAUGACGGUGUGGAACUCCAUCUACCUACAGGUGUCAAGGUCGGCCAUAGAACUCUACAGCGUUACUACAGACAAAAUCUAAAACCCGAGCGUGAACUAAGCGAAGGUCAAGGUACUAUCAUUGCUGCCGAUACCAGACACUUUGCUACUAUAUAUGACAGACAACAGCAACAACUACAGAAGAAAGUCUGGCAAACAGAAGUUAAAGACAAAAAGAGAGAUGACAAAAGAGCUGCCAAAUUUGUUAACAACCAACCUCAUUACAGGGACCAAUUGUUGCAAUAG